CUCGUUCUUCUCCGAUAGAUCAAUAGACCAAAGAACCUCACUUUUACUUCUUCUUCAUCUUCUUCUUCAUCUUCUUCAUCAUCAUACUCGCUCGCAUCCACGCAACUCGGAUACCUACCCAGCUAUCAACCAUCCGAAUCAUCUUGUGACCAUCCGCUAUCCACCAUCUCCCGCAUCCCCCAUCGCCCACCUUCUACCUACUUACCACGAUGCUCCUCCCCGAAGGCGCCGACAUUCCCACCGACGUACCGCCGCAAUGGAACGCGCCACCUCACAUCGCUGCGCGCUUUUCCCGACGGCGUCGGCGCAACGGCACGCUAUCUCCGGCGGUGAGCAACCAAGCGCAGCUGAGCGCGUCCCACCUAGCCACGACGCGGCGGGCGACGCUGCUGGAAGCGCGGAAAUCCCUUCUGCGGGCGCGCGCGCAGCACGUCGAGAAGGUGCGGCGCUCCCGCGCCGACGACAGUCACGAGGCGGUGUCGGAGCGCCUGCUAGCCCUCCAGGCGAGUAUGCGCGCUGCUCAGGACUCGAGGAAUGCAAUACUUGCGAAGAUUGCGGGCGCGUGCGCGAGUGAGGUCGCGAAGGCCAAGAGGACGGCAAACGAAAUGAGGAGGAGGAGGGAGAAGGAGACAAGGGACCUUAAGGAGAGCUUUGAGGAGAGGAUGAAGGAGGCGCAGAGACGGAGGGAUGUGGCGUUGAGGGAGCGCGGGAGGAGGAGGAGGGAGCGGGGGAGUAGGGGCGAGGAUGCGGCUGAGAGGGAGAAGGCCAAGGUGCAGGCGGAGAGUACGAGCGAGGCUAAGAGGGUGCAGGCUGCGAGCAGGAUUCAGAGGGCGUGGAGGCUCGCGAGGGAUAGGAAGAUUGUGGUGGAUUUUGUGGCGCUUGGGUUAACGAUCGAGAGUGUGAGGGAUGCGGACUUUAUUACGGUUUCGACGAGGUUUCAGGACGAUGAGGUGCUCAGGGCUACGUCGAAGUUGCUGAUGAGAUGUGGUCUGCUCGAGGGCAUUGAGGGCGUCGAGGGCGCGCUGGAGAAGUGCUGCAGGACGUUUUUGAGCUCUUAUCUGAUCCUCGGUCAUCCCGGCGAGGUUCUGAGCAACGACGGAAUGAAGGAAAAGGAGCUGAUUGAGAGGUCGAAGGAUCUUUUGAUCGCUUUCGAGUCGUUCUUGUCGUCGCAAACCUUUCCACCGCCGGACGCACUUUACAAUGCCUGGAGCGAGUUCAGCACAGCAUUUGACACGUGGAAGUCCCGUGACUCGAAGAUCUUCAUCGAGACAAUGGUCGCACAGUACGCCGAGCUCGAUCUCAUCUGGCAGAAGGUCAAGGACGACACUACCGGCGGCGUCGCGGAGGACUUCAAGGAGGGUAUUCGCGAGAAUCAACUCAUGCUUCUCGUCCGCAUUCGCCGGUUGGCUGGGGACAGAACCAGAGACUUGAUCCGGACCGCCGUCAAAGACUCGAGAAAGAAUAGACUGCCCAAGAAAGAAAAACGCGAUACCAAGCCUAGAGAGGUGCCCUCGUCAGAUGCCACCACCGUUUCGACAGUAGCGCCUACACCGGCCGUCGUCAUGCCAACUGUAAAACCGGAACCUCCUGCGCCUGUUCAGCCAACCCCGCCUCAGGUCGGCUUUCACAAUGUUGCCAGCGGUGACGACGGGAUGCAAUCGAAUCGCCAGAUCAUUCAUGAGCUGGCCAUGGACAAAGACUUCCGGCUACAACCUCGGAAACGAAGCAAGAUCGAGGCAAUGGUCGAGGACACAGCCAAGACUGCCUUCUGGGGUGCUAUGCGCGAGGAUAUCACCGAAGGAAAACUCGAGAAGUGGAUCCCCUCGCUCGCUGAGACUGUGCGCGGAAAGUUGCUGCGUCUGCUGGACUCGAAGGGCUCGCUUCAUCGUGCCGUGGCAGAGUCCAUGGACAUCGAGCUCAUCCGUCAGCAAUGUCACAACGGUUCCUACGACCACGAGAAGUUGCUCUCUUACGUCCUCAACCUGCUCCCCAAGAUCUGCUCUCCGGCUCGAGACGAGGACGUUAAAGCUUUGGUCGAAGACACUGGCGACUACAUAUCUCGGCUCCAGAAGUUGCUGGACGUACUAGAAGCCAUGCAACUUGACCAUGCCAAUUUCCUCCUCAUGAUCUCAGCGCCUCAAGUUAUCCCGGAAGCAAUUCCGUACGAGCGCCGACUGUUCGCCGCUGACCUGGAAGCCGGGCGUGCAACCCUCGAUCAAACCCGGCAAUGGCUCCUUACAGCUAAAUCGCAACUACCAGCCGGCACUCCCGCAAACGACGUCCAUGUCCACGCAUUCCUCAACCUCCUCUUCGGCCUCGAGACUCUCGACGUCUCCUCCAUCCCCGAGACAUUUCACCUAGACCACCAACGCAUCCGCGACACGCGCGAAACCCUGCGCACCGUAAUCCUCGGCGGCGCCAUAGUCCUCACGGUCAAAACGCUCCUCCGGCGCGAUGUGCGCAGCUCGUGGAAAGAGAUCUCCAGCUUUGUCGGCAACCUCCUACGGAGCUCUACAUCGACCACCGAGAUCGCCGACGGCGUGCGGAACUUCGUCGACGAAACUGCCGCCGUCCCGGCGCCCACACUGGUCGCAGUGCGCAACGCCGUUGCCCGCAUCCUUGAGCGCGGAACCGCAGAUCCUGUCGCCCGCGUCGUCGCCAACCGCGUCAGGGGGUUCGUUAUGGAACGCCUCGUGGCGACAAAUAGUCAGGAUAAAGUACGCCUGGCGGCUACGGCGGGUGAGGUCCUUACCGGCUGGGGCGUCGGAGAGUGGAUUGGUGAGCUCGGUGGCGUCGUAGAGAGGGUCGCGACUUGGAGGAUCGUCGAUAUGGGCGUCAAUUGGGAGUGGUACAAUGAGAUUCUUGGUGUGGGAGUGGGCGUGGGCGCGUAGGUUCUUUGCUGCCUUGCUUGCUGGGGUGUUUUGUGUGUGCAUUAUUUUACUGCGGAUGGGGUAACACUGUUUUUUGACUGUUUUUUUGACUGUUUUUUGACAUGCACUUGAUUGAGUUACUUUCCUUGUUUGCUUGCUUGCUCUACCUAUUUGAUAGGAAUGUUGUGCUGUGCUGUUAGAUGAGAUACACUGCUGCGGGCUCCGGGCUCUGGGCUGCAGGCUGCGGCUGCGGACUGUAGGUUGCUGCGUUGUUGCGUUGUUGCGUUGUUGCGUUGUUGCGUUGUUGCGUUGUUGCGUUGUUGCGUUGUUGCGUUGUUG